AUGUCGAUCUCUCAUCUCCAACACGUCAGCUCACGUCAACACCUCAUCUCCAACAUAUCAACUCACGCCAACAUGUCAACACCUCACCUCCAACAUAUCACCUCACCUCUAACAUAUCACCUCACGUCAACACCUCACCUCCAACAUAUCACCUCACGUCAACACCUCACCUCCAACAUAUCAACUCACUCCAACACCUCAUCUCCAACAUAUCACCUCACCUCCAACAUAUCACCUCACCUCCAACAUAUCACCUCACGUCAAACCUCACCUCCAACAUAUCACAACACCUCAUCUCAACAUAUCACCUCACGUCAACACCUCACCUCCAACAUAUCAACACACACCAACACCUCACUCCAACACAACACUCCAACAUAUCAACUCACGUCAACACCUCACCUCCAACAUAUUACCUCACUUCCAACAUAUCACGCACUCCAACACACCUCACCAACACCUCACCUCCAACAUAUCACCUCACGUCAACACCUCAUCUCCAACAUGUCACCUCACGUCAACACCUCACCUCCAACAUAUCACCUCACACCAACACCUCACCUCCAACAUAUCACCUCACGUCAACACCUCACCUCCAACAUACCACCUCACCUCCAACAUGUUAACUCACGUCAACACCUCACCUCCAACAUAUCACCUCACGUCACAUCACAACAUAUCACCUCACCUCCAACAUAUCACCUCACGUCAACACCUCACCUCCAACAUAUCACCUCACCUCCAACAUAUCACCUCACGUCAACACCUCACCUCCAACAUGUCUGUCAACUAGUCACAACGCGUCCAACAUAUCACCUCACGUCAACACCUGACUUCCAACAUGUCAACUCACGUCAUACCUCAGAGCGUGUCCUGACAGCUGCCUCACAGAUAAACGUGGGUUUCUUUGAACGGCUGAAAGACAUUCUUAAGAAAUUCUCUUCCGUGUGUUGCCUUAUUGCAUAA